AUGUCUGUGGAUUGUUUAGGAAAGUAUGUUGAACGUCUUCGUGGUGCUGAAAAGAAGAUCGAGACAUUUCCAUGUCCUACAUGUCGUUCAGAGUUUACUCUCAAAUCAAACCAAGAUGUUGCUGAACUGCCAAGCAGUUAUUUCAUCAAGAAUAUGCUGGAAAUUAUGGCGAUUCAACAAAAAGCGAAAACAUCCACCGCAUGUUCCCGAUGCCAAGAUCCUGCCAUUAAUCACUGCGCAUCAUGCCAAAUAUUUAUGUGUAAGAAAUGUUCAGGGUUACAUGAUACCUGGCCUGCCAACAAAAACCAUAAUACAUUAUCCGUACAGGAACUGAGCAAUCCUGAAAGUCAGGUAAAAACGAGAAGCAAGCUUUAUUGCACGAAACACAAAGACGAAGUACUCAAAUACUAUUGUGAAACAUGCAAAGAACUUAGCUGUAUAGACUGCAUGGUGUUGAAUCAUCAAAAACAAAACCAUUCGUGUGUGGCAGUGAGUGAACUCACACAGAAGCAAGAGAAACAUUGCAAUCAAGCUGUAUAACACUUGAUGAGAAAGUAGCUGAAGGAAAGGAAGCGUUGAACAACAUUUGUGAGGUGAUGAAGUCGCUUGAAAAAAAUGCUAAAACUGUUAAAGAUCAAAUCCAAGAACAAAAGGAAAAUAUCUUGAAGAUUGUGGCAGAAAAACUUGACGAGAGAGCAAAGAAAAUGAAUGAGGAUGUGGACCAAGCUUAUGGUGAAUUACACAGUGAACUGAGCGAACAACAUGAUGAAAUGAAAGAUUAUCUUGAUAAAGUCCAAGCUUCAGUGUCCUUGCCAAGAAAUCUCCUAAAGAGAGGAAGUAUUGAAGAAAUUAUUUCAUCACAAAAAUUGAUUGAUGAGAAAAUCGAGAGAUUGAGAAAUGACCGGCCGGAGAAUUUUGCUGCAGUGAAUGAUGGUGGUAUUUGGUAUGUACCUGACGACAUUGGAAAUAUCAAUGUUGAUGAAAUUGUUGAUAAGUUGGGACAUGUGGAAGGUAUGUGCAAUUUAUGGUAUAUUACCGUCAAUACAUUAUACAGGUUCAGCACGCUUGAGUUAGAUAGUUUAUAAUAAUACUUUGUUCCUUUAGCAUGAUAAAAUUUGUCUAAAUAUCAUUUGUAUUUUGCUGUUUCAAUAACUUAUUUGUUCCGGUUUUCAGUUCAAAUCCAUUUGUUACAUUUGAUGGUACUUUCUCAAUUAUUUCAUCCGUAUUAAUAUUUUUGGAAGAUGUUACAGAAUACAGAUGUUGAAUAUCACUGUUCUUAGAUGUUUUCAAUAUGCGCCUAACGGAAAGUUUGCAUUGUAAAUAUAUAUCUGAAGCAGAGCAAAAGUCAAUCCCUAGAUAUGAUUUUGGCAGUUUUAGAUGAGUGAUAUUGCCACUAAUCGAGAUCUGUAACCAUUUUCGAAUAUACUUAUUAUUAAUAACAAGAAUAAGAACAAGAACAAGAACAAGAACAAGAACAAGAACAAGAACAAGAACAAGAACAAGAACAAGAACAAGAACAAGAAUAAGAAUAAUGGAAACUUUAUUUUGACAUAUUAUGUAUAUACAAUUAUAAAUCUCACUAUUUAAGGUAAUUUAUAAUUGACUACUUGAACUAUUAAUUAUUGAUAAACUAUAUUACAGGUAUAAAACUAAGAGAAAGCUCAUUCUUAAAUGUUCAUCAAGUCCGGAUCGGUCCAAUCCUUGUUUCUACAACAAAAUAUAUAGUACGUUGUUUUGAUGGCGAUGGACAUUAUUUUCUUAACACAAAAGUUCUGAUGUUUUUUAUUAAGACCAACUUCGUUCAACAUUUUCAUAAACGUGUUACAUUCUUUUGAGAAAACACCUAAGGCACUAAUAGACAAAUUAAUAAAUUUGACAGUUUUGUAAUGGUCUUUCUGCUGCGUAAUUAGAUCCUUGUAUCUUUCCCUUUUGCGAUCGACGUUGUUUUGGAGAUUGGAUUCAUAUCCGACAGAGAGUUCGAGUAUGUACAGACAAUCAUUUGAAAUCGAAAGAAGCAGGUCUGGGCGAUAAGUGUCACCGGUUAUUAUUGACGGGCUCUUGUAUCCAGGAAGGUCAACAAAUAGAGUGGAGUUGUGGUCAGGUUGGAAUAUUUUUGAGAUAA